AUGUCUUCCUCUCAGGAACUCCAAUUCGUUAUUAGCCGCAUAAAUCGUGUCUUGGUCGGCAAGAGGAAACCUGGCUACAGAGAUAUCCGAUUAGGCCUGGAUCGUAUCAAUCGUGUUGUGCCAGACAAGCAGGAGUGGAAGGGUAUUCAUGUUGCUGGCACAAAUGGCAAAGGUUCAAUAUGUGCCUUUCUCGCUGGGAUGUUCAAGCUCGCCGGUCUUGGCUAUGGGAGCUUCACAUCACCUGCCUUUCCGGAGAGACAUAACGGAGUCAUUAUCAAUGGUCUAUAUGUAAAUCCCCGCAUGUACGAAAUGGAAAUGAAGCACGUCGAGGAGAAGUGGAAUCGCAUCGCUACAGGCUGGAAAUAUAUGCACGGAGAUGAUCCAAAAGGCCUAUCACCAUUCGAGGCCGAAACUGCAACAGCAUUCCGAGUCUUCAACAAGAUGCAUGUUCCUUACGGUAUUGUCGAAGUUGGUAUGGGUGGCGCCACUGAUGCGACCAAUGUCAUGAAGCAAAAGGCUGUUACUGUCAUAUCUAAGAUUGGUCUCGACCACCAAGAGUACCUCGGAAACACUAUCGAAAACAUCGCCAAGGUCAAAGCCGGUAUCAUGCAAAAGGGUGUUCCUUGUAUCGUUGACCACACUAACCUCCCGUCUGUCAUACGCGUUCUUCGGCAACACGCUCGAGAAGUCGGCACAGACAUCAUCCUCACGUGGAAGGGCGAACCUUUACUCCUCACCCUUGACAAUACUAAAUGGAAACUAGAAAGCUAUCAGGUUCAGAACCUGCUGUGUGCAGCCAUGGCCUUCCGCCACGUGUUCCCGUUGCAGGAGAUCGACUUUGACAAGCUCCUAGCGACAGACCCCUUUCUACCUGGCCGAUUGGAAACAGUACAUGUGGAGGCACCUACUUCUGGCGUUGAGUCGCGGGAUAUCUUGGUCGAUGGUGCUCACAACAUGUUGGGAAUUGAGGCAUUAGCCAGGCAUGUCAACAGUCGUCUUCGGAAAGGGAAUCAACCGGUGACUUGGGUCAUGGGCAUGUCAGCAAGCAAGGAAAAGCCUUUCUUCCAAAUGAUCGAGAAGAUUCUUCAGCCCCAUGAUAACUUUGCAAUGGUCGAAUUUACUCAGGGCCCUAACGAUCCCCAACCAGCCCCUGCGACUUACGGUGCAGAACACGCCCAGAAGAUCGUCAAAACUCCUGAACAAUUGUACGACGGAGAGCCUGACAUCGCGAGUGCUCUUCCCUGGGCAUGCAGCAAGGCAGGAGACGGGCCUGUGGUUGUGACGGGAAGUCUCUAUCUGAUCCGACAGUUGUUUGGUCUUAAAGGCAUCCGCCGACCGAGGGAAGUGGGCACGAGAAGACCUGGCAGAGCUCAACUAUAUCGAUACUCCCGGAUCGCCCGCGAGAGAAAUCUUUCAAGUGAAGAGGCCCGGGAAUUCAAGCAAGCGAGACGACACCAUUACCUGUCACCCAUCCGAAGACAUGUCUUCGCCGACCUAGCAGAAGGUGGCUCUAUCAAGCCGCUACGCGUACCUGCAAGAACAAGAAAGCUGCAAAGCAAGGCUGCAUUCCACAAGAAGCAGGCCGAGGGGUAUCGAAACAGUAUCGCCGCUGUCGAGAAAGAUAUGCAAAGAAAUACAAAUGAUACGGCGAAAAGCAAAAAGCCCGUCAAGAAUAUUGCUGCACGACUUGAAGACCUGAAGACGCAGGCUGCCACCCAUAGAUCUGAGUACGAUGAUGCCUUGCUCAAGAUCAGGGGGCGACGCGCUAUACCACAUAUUAAAUACAAGACCCAUCGCCAGGUCUUUGGCUACCCGAGACCACCCAAGCCACCAACCAAAUCCCCCUUUGCGUCAACGAAGAAACCCAAGCCUACCAAGACUACCAAGUCUAAGCGCAAGCCCAGCGUGGCAUGGAAGGAUAAGCCGAGGAAUUUCAGCGAGGAGGUGGCUGCAGCCGAGAGACAGAGGUCAAUAGAGAUGCGAGAGGUUGAGAGCAGGGACAAGGAGAGGCAGAGUAGCGAUCCCUUUCAGUCAAAGUUGGCUGCUAACAGGAAGCAAACUCGAGGUCCGGGAGACUCAUAA